UUAUUAUGACCAAACAAGGACUCGAAUUUGCAGCGGACAGUUUCAGAUUAAAACCCGAAUCCGGAACAAACCCAAACAGCUCUCUUCUCGCCUAUAAAAGCCAAAAUCGAAUUUCUAUAAGAACUCUCAAAGCUUAUUUCCCUUUCGUCAAGCAAACCGAAAGCACGGGCACAAUCUCGAAACCCAUACCCUUUCUCUGUCGAUCCCUUCAAAACCCAUCAACCAUGUUAACAGUCACUGUGAAAUGGCAAAAGGAGGUGUUUCAAAAAGUGGAGAUUGACACGAGCCAGCCUGCCUAUGUUUUCAAGUGUCAAUUGUAUGAUUUGACUGGAGUACCUCCUGAGAGGCAAAAAAUCAUGGUUAAAGGUGGCUUGUUAAAGGAUGAUGCUGACUGGGCAACACUUGGCGUGAAGGAGGGUCAAAGAUUGAUGAUGAUGGGAACUGCAGACGAGGUUGUUAAGGCCCCGGAGAAAGGCACUGUUUUCAUGGAAGAUCUUCCAGAAGAAGAACAAGUGGUUGCCGUGGGUCAUACUGCUGGCCUGUUUAAUCUGGGAAACACCUGUUACAUGAACUCCACAAUUCAAUGUCUGCAUUCCGUUCCAGAAUUGAAGUCUGCUUUAGUUAAGUAUCCAUCUGAAAGGAGAAAUGAUCUGGAUCAUACAUCUCAUAUGUUGACGGCUGCAACUCGAGAAUUGUUUAAUGAGCUUGAUAAAAGUUUCAAGCCUGUGGCACCUAUGCAGUUUUGGAUGGUGUUGCGGAAAAAAUAUCCACAAUUCGGCCAGUUGCAUAAUGGUGUCUUCAUGCAGCAGGAUGCUGAAGAAUGUUGGACGCAACUUUUGUACACUCUUUCACAAUCUCUAAGAUCACCAGGUCCCAGUGAAAAUCCAGAAAAUCCAGAUACGGUGAAGGCACUUUUUGGAAUCGAACUUGUAAGCCGGAUCCAUUGCCAAGAAAGCGGCGAAGAGAGUUCAGAGACUGAAUCAGUUUAUUCACUUAAAUGCCACAUAUCACAGGAGGUGAACCAUUUGCAUGAAGGAUUAAAACACGGUUUGAAAUCUGAGUUGGAGAAGGCUUCCCCUUCCUUAGGACGUAGUGCAAUUUACUUGAAAGAGUCACGGAUCAAUGCUUUGCCGAGGUACCUGACUGUUCAGUUUGUUCGUUUUUUCUGGAAGAGAGAAUCAAAUCAGAAGGCCAAGAUUUUGCGGAAAGUGGAUUACCCUUUGGAGUUGGAUGUCUAUGAUUUUUGUUCAGAUGAUCUUCGCAAGAAAUUAGAAGCACCUCGUCAGACUUUAAGAGACGAGGAGGGUAAAAAGCUUGGCUUGAAGGCAAAUGAGAAGGCCUCUAGUUCAAAAGACAGUGAUGUUAAGAUGACUGAUGCAGAGGGGUCAUCCAAUGGCAGUGGAGAAUCUUCAAAGGCUACCUCAGAAGAAGGUGAUUCAUCAGAUAAAGAACCAGUUUUAACCGGAAUAUAUGAUUUGGUUGCUGUGCUAACCCACAAGGGGAGGAGUGCUGAUUCAGGGCAUUAUGUUGCCUGGGUCAAGCAAGAAAAUGGAAAGUGGAUCGAGUAUGAUGAUGAUAAUCCCAUCCCACAGCGGGAGGAAGAUAUAACCAAAUUAUCUGGAGGAGGCGAUUGGCAUAUGGCAUAUAUUUGUAUGUACAAGGCACGGGCUGUCCGCAUGUAAUUUGAUUUUAUUGCAAUCAAUUGUUUUCUUUAGAUCAAAGUCAGCUUUGGGUUUUUCUCUGUAGAUUCAGAUUAUGAAAUGGGCAAUAGAUAUUUUAUAGAAUUUACAUUUGUUGUACUAUAAAAAUUGUACGUGCAUGUGUUAUGACCUACCAAGUUUUCAAUGAUUUGAUUUGAUUUGAUUUGAUUUACUAA